UUUAAUUCGUCCGACCUAAUACUUUUUUUCAGCAUCUCCUUCCUUUUUCGCAGCACUAGCGAUGGAUCCCUCAUUCGUGAGUGCGGCGGGAAAAGGGGAGAAGGGAAAGAAAGAGUAUCCGUUGUAGCUUCUCCGGUCGUGUGUCCCUCGGUCUAUAUAAGCUCGACCGAUCGGCUGGGACAAGAAGCAACCCGCUUCAAUCCCCGACCCUGGCCCGAUCUUCGUGGAGUGCUGGAGUGGUGGUAUAUAGGCGGAGGACAUGGUGAAGUUCUCUAGGGAGUACGACGCCAGCAUCAUCCCGGAGUGGAAGCCCGCCUUCGUCGACUACAAGGGCCUCAAGAAGCUCAUCAAGAAGAUCAAGGUAGCAAGGCGCGACGCCGACGACAGCAGCGCAGGAGACUCCUCGCCGGAGACCGCCGCCGGCGUCGAGAGCGUCGGCUAUGGCGGUGGCUUCUCCAUGCUCGACCCCGUCCGCGCCCUCGCCGCCCGGUUCGCGCCCAGGGUGCAGGCCACCUCGGUGCGUGCGUGCGAGGACGAGGAGAGCGGGGAUUCCGGCGAGUUCGUGCGAUCCACGGACAAGCAUGAGCGGGAGUUUCUGGAGAAGGCGGACGAGGAGCUGGAGAAGGUGAACACCUUCUACGCGGCGCAGGAGGCGGAGCUGCUGGGCCGCGGCGAGGCGCUCAUCGACCAGCUCCGCAUCCUCGCCGACGUCAAGCGCAUCCUGGACGAUCACGCUGCCACCCGCCACGCCCGGGGCUCGCUCCUGGGCCGCAGCCGCUCCAUGCGGGCGGUGGCGCCGCCCUCGCCGGCGCUCAGCAACUCUGGCCGCUACCUCCUCUCGGGCCUCGCCACGCCGCAGUCCAUGUCAGAUGGGAGCGUGGAGCUUCAGCAGGCACAGAUGACGGAGGGCGCAGCGGUGGCCGACGAGGUGAUGGCGGCGCUAGAGCGCAACGGCGUCAGCUUCGUGGGGCUGCCCGGGAAGAAGGAGGGCAGCGGCAGGGGCGGGAGGCUGCAGCUGCCGUCGACGGUGCGCAUCGACAUCCCGGCGAGCAACCCGGGGCGGGCGGCGCUCAAGGUGUGGGAGGAGCUGGUGAACGUGCUGCGCAAGGACGGGGCCGCCGCCUUCGUCCACCGGAAGAAGGUGCAGCACGCCGAGAAGAACAUCCGCGACGCCUUCAUGGCUCUCUACCGCGGCCUCGAGCUGCUCAAGAAGUUCAGUUCUCUGAAUGUAAAGGCGUUCACCAAAAUUCUUAAGAAAUUCGUCAAGGUGUCGGAGCAGCAGCGGGCGACGGACCUUUUCUCGCAGAAGUCGAAGAGAUCGUCGUUCAGCACCUCCAACAAGGUGCUUCAGCUGUCGGACGAGGUGGAGUCACUCUUCCUGAAGAACUUCGCGGGCAACGACAGGAUGGUGGCCAUGAAGUACCUCAACCCACAGCGGCCCAAGAACACCCACAUGAUCACCUUCCUUGUAGGGUUGUUUACGGGCACAUUUGUGAGUUUGUUCAUCAUAUACGCCAUCUUGGCCCAUGUUUCCGGCAUUUUCGCCUCCGCCGGAAACACGGCCUACAUGGAAAUAGUUUACCAUGUCUUCAGUAUGUUUGCGCUCAUCAGCCUGCACUGCUUCCUCUACGGGUGCAACCUGUUCAUGUGGAAGAGCACCAGGAUCAACCAGAACUUCAUAUUCGACUUCGCCCCCAACACCGCUCUCACGCACCGGGACGCCUUCCUCAUGUCCGCCUCCAUCAUGUGCACCGUGGUCACCGCGCUGGUCAUCAACCUCUUCCUCAGGAACGCUGGUGCGUCCUACGCCAAUGCCGUGCCCGGGGGCCUCAUAGUGUUGUCAGCUGGGCUUCUAUUCUGUCCGUUCAACGUGUUCUAUCGGUCGACGCGUUACUGCUUCAUGCGCAUUAUGCGCAACAUCAUAUUCUCGCCAUUCUACAAGGUUCUGAUGGCCGAUUUUUUCAUGGCUGAUCAGUUAACUAGCCAGAUCCCAUUGUUAAGGCACAUGGAGUUUGCAGCGUGUUACUUCAUGGCAGGAAGCUUUAGGGCUAACCCAUAUGAGACUUGUACUAACAGCCAGCAAUACAAACACCUGGCCUAUGCCAUCUCUUUUCUCCCCUACUACUGGAGAGCUAUGCAGUGUUUAAGAAGGUACUUUGAGGAACAUGACAUAAAUCAGCUCGCCAAUGCCGGGAAGUACGUGUCGGCGAUGGUCGCGGCUGCCGUCAGGUUCAAGUACAGUGCAACGCCGACGCCAUUCUGGGUGUGGCUGGUCCUCAUCUCAUCCUCAGGCGCCACCAUUUACCAGCUCUACUGGGACUUUGUCAAGGAUUGGGGCUUUUUCACUCCCAAAUCUAAGAACCUAUGGCUCCGGGACGGUCUCAUCCUGAAGAACAAGUUCACCUACUACAUUUCUAUGAUGCUAAAUCUAGUGCUUCGGCUGGCAUGGACUGAAAGUGUGAUGAAGAUCCGUGUUAGUAAGAACGAGACUCGCCUACUAGAUUUCUCCCUUGCCUCCUUGGAAAUAAUCCGACGAGGACAUUGGAAUUUCUACAGGCUGGAGAACGAACACUUGAACAAUGUUGGCAAGUUCAGAGCAGUGAAGACUGUCCCAUUGCCAUUUCGUGAACUCGAAACGGAUUGAUGAUUAAGAGGGAGAGAAGAGUGUAACAGUGCUGAUACCAACGAUUGCGAUCGCCCCCAUUUGGUACAUCCUCCUGUUGACAUCAGAUUUUGGCACGGCCAAGAACUUAAUUAAGAUGGCCUUAAAUGGAGAAGUGCUCAAAGUGAGAAAGUUCCAUAUCGUCAAAAGGAAAAACUUCGAUAUUUGGGCCAUAGUCAUCCGGUCUCAUCUCUAAGGCCGAAGUUGUGUUCGAAGUACUCAGAUUUUGUACUCAGAACACUAUUCGGCUGAUUACGCCCCCAAGAUGGCCUCAUAUGGGAAAAGUUUCUACACGGAUUGUCUUCGUCUCGUCGAAACGAUAGAUUUUGAUAUAAAGAACGUCUAAAUCGAAGUUCGUAUGCAAAAUUUAGAGCCAAAACUAUGUGCUGCAUAAGUCUGCCCCGGAAGUUCCGGGCAAAACUUCCGGGGAGGUUCCGGGCUAAACAGAAACUUUGCGCGCGGUGCGCCCCAAAAACUGUAAUUUUAACAUUAUUUGCAGAUUUGCGGGGCCUAUUUCAACAUCAAGAUGACCUCGGAUUAAAAAGUGAUCAACUAAGGCAUUUUUCUCCAUUGCAAGAUCUACAACUUUGCUUUUGGGACCAUCGCAAUCCGAAGCCAUAUGCGACCUGCAUGAGCUGUGCAAGAGGGCUACUUGAUGUACUUUUAGCCCGGAAGUUCCGGGCUGACCGGAAGUUCCGGCACUCGUGGUCCGAGUUAGGUUAUUUUUUUAUGUUUUGGACAGGAUUUGAGUCAUUUUCUUGUACGGAAAGUUCAGCCGCCUCAUAUAUAUGUAAGAGGUGACGGCCGAUUGAAUAACAACACACAAUCUA